GCAUAUGUCCCGAAGAUAUCAAAGACAUGGGCCCAGGGUUACAUCCUAAAGUUAAUCUAAUAAAGUACAAGAUUCUGCAAGUAUAAUAUUCACUGAACUUCAGAGCAGUUAAUAUUUUUGGGAAUAUAUUUGAUGACGACUGUGAGUAUAGCAGUGCCAUUUUUGUUUAUUGUACAAUGUUGAUCAUCAUGGUUAUAUAUCUCUAUCCUUUUACAGAUCCAGCACCUGUCGGUGCAUUUAAAUGUUUCCCGAAUACGUCGACGAAUAUUUACUGCAAUUGGUCUCUCCCCAUUGGUGUAUUUAUGGAUAUUCUUUUGUGGGUGUCUGAUAACUCUACUGUGGUGCAAAACAUCAGCAUUUUCAAUGGCAAAGACCCCUCUAUAAGCACAUCUCCUGACAAGCAACCAAAAGUAAAAUUACUGUUGAGCACAACAACCAAUAAAACGUUCAUCACAAUUGAACAACUGAAGCCGAACACUCUUUACACGGUCAGCAUCGCGGUCAUUGCCGGAUCUCUGCAAAGUCAAAUCAUUGAAAGCACUGCAAAGACUGACGUGACCGCUCCGCCAGACAUUCCGGAGUCGGUGAAGGUCGACUCGGUGCCGAACACAGUGACCUCGAACAGCCUGACCUUGUCCUUCAGCUGCAGCUGGUUCGCCACCACCAACGGCGACCUCAAGUACUUCACGGUCAUCGUCAAGGAGUCCGCGGAGACGACCACCGAUAAGCCCGAGAAUAAAUGGCCACUGAGCAAGUAUUCGGACUACGUGAGCGGCACAACGAAGGUGUACCAGGUGGACGACCGCGUCUACCCCGCCGACUGCAAAAGCCCGAGCGCCACCGUGCAGGUCAAAGUCGGCACCGGCGCCACCAAGGGCGGCUUCGACGACGGUGCGCUGAAGCCGAACACGAAGUACAGGUUCAGUUUCCGUGCGUACACGUUCAUCCCGGGCACACGCUCCGUCCGCGCUGGGAACCAAGCCUUCUUCGCGGACACUUUCUUCUCUCUGCCGAUCUUGACCUUGGUCGGCCCCACAGACAGCGGCGCGGUGGCAGGCGGAGUGAUUGGAGGGUUGCUGGGCGGAGUGGCGUUAGCCGCUGGGGGCUUCUUCCUCUACAAGAAGCGGAACCAGCUGCAGAAGGGAUCAAAGUCAAACAGGAAUGGAAUAUCGUCAUUGCGGGCCAGCAGACUCCAACCGGCACCCUAUAAACCCAGCCCUGUGUUCGCCACUCAGUUCGAGACUCACGUGAAGGAGCUGAGCCAAGAUUCCAACUACUUAUACUCCUUGGAAUUCGAGCACCUGAAGGAGAAGGGAAAAAAUCAGUCGAAGGACAUGGCCCGAUUGCCGCAGAACGCUCCCAAGAACCGCUACGCCAACAUCUUGCCGUACGAUCACAACCUCGUUCCACUCAACAAGAGUGGGGGGUCCAACUACAUCAACGCAAGCUUCAUCUCCGGCUACAGCCGCACGCGCGAGUACAUCGCCACGCAGGGCCCCAAGGAGGACACGGUGGCUGACCUCUGGCAAAUGGUGUGGGAGCAGAACGUGUACACCAUCGUCAUGCUCACCGGCGUCAUGGAAGGAGGACGGGAGAAAUGCGCCAAGUACUGGCAGGACGACAUGGAGCCCCAUUUUCAGGGUGACCUGGUGCUGCGGAAGGUGUCCGAGACCGUUCUGGACGACUGGACAAUACGCAACCUCCAGAUCUACUCGAAAGACGCGGAGACGAUGGAGGAGGUGCGCGACAUCCGGCAGUUCCACUUCACGGCGUGGCGCGACCACGGCGUGCCCCGCGAACCGCAAUCCGUGCUCAAGUUCCUGGAGGUCGUGCGCUCGCACGCCAACAAGUCGCCCCAGAACAGCCUCACGCUCGUGCACUGCAGUGCCGGCGUGGGUCGCACGGGGACGCUGAUUGGGCUGGACGUGGCGCUGCAGCAGGUGCAGAAGGAGGACAAGGUGGACGUGUUCCACAUCACGGCGCGCAUGCGCGAGCAGCGCAUGCUGAUGGUGCAAACGGAGGAGCAGUACAUCUUCCUCCACCAGUGCAUCAAAGAGAAGUUGAAGAGCAAGGACCUGGAAGGCUACACCAACGACGUCUACCAAAACUUAUAGGCGGGCAUGCGGGCAUUGGCGGAGCCGUCGAUCGAUCUCGCGAUCGCUUCGCUUCGUUUUUGCCGUGCGUGUGUGUUGACGUGGCAGCGUGAGUGUGUUCCGAGCGUGCGCGCGUGUGUCUGUGCGUAAUUUAGUUAGGGUGGAGCAGUAGUGUAGCGGUUAGCGCGCGGCACUACGAACCCGUCGACCUGAGUUCGAUUCCCACUCUCGGCCAACACCAGUGACGAUUACUUUGAACCGGUCCUGGGCCUCCCCUAGGUCGACUCAGCCUCAAAUUAGUACCUGGUACGGUGUGUGUAAAAACAUCGCCACUGGGGAGACAAAGGCGGUCGGGCGUGGUGCUGUCCACCCACCCCCUCGCGUGCCUAGCCGGCCUUCAUAGGUGCUCGCUAACAGCACUUGCCCCAACAUUCUGUUAAGGCUACACGGGGGAUCUUUAUCUGUGCGUAGAGUGGCGGUUGGUCAAUAGGAAAUUACUGUGCGUGUGUGUGUGUAUAUAUAUUACUAAGUGUACAGAUGGAGGAGUAUCCUGCUGUCUUAAUUACACGUGGUGAACAAGCUGGCAAAGUAUUUUAUGCGGCGGCUAGCCUGUCGUUACGGUGUCCCAGCGGUCGCGAUGUCGAGAAAGUAACAAAAAUGUGACCAUGCCAACUAAACUACACCUCUGCGUUCUGUAGUUUGUAAACGGCAAGUUUUUUUUGAACUUUUUAUGCCAGGUGUGGAAGGGUACUUAUUCCGCUCACUUGUGGAGCCAGUGGGGGGGGGGGGGGGGGGGGGGUACGUGCCCCCCCCCCAAGAAUUAGGGAUUUCGAUCGGAUCAUUGGGGUUUAUUAGUAAUAAAUCGGCAUUUUGCGACCCCCACUGCCACUGUGUAGCAUAUUAUUACGUGCCAGGGACUCUGUGAGAUGGUAGGACAAUAGCCUUGAGUCCAUAAUUGGCCAUAAGUAACGGCAAAGCGGUUAUAAGUAACUCACAGAAUUGUGCGCAGUUGCGUAUAGAGUCCACGACUUCCCUUCAGCGAGCGCGAUGCCGAUCACACAACGCGGUUCGAAUUCGACCCUCGAUCGAUGGCUGUGCCAUCGCCGCACACCUAUCGAAUAAAAAGCAAGGGACAAGUCCUUACUUACGAACAACUCCUAUCAUUUUUAAAUCCUUUAUAUUAAGUUCGCUUGCUUGCUUACGACCGUGCAAAUCUUUCGGUCGUUUUUUAACCUACUUCCCGUAAUCCAAUCGAGCUGACAUUUUCCACACAGACUCGUUGUGCGUGACAAUUAAUGUUCGUGAAAUUUUUUUUCCAAAAUGUUACACUUUUUAGGACAAAAAUAUUAUAAUUAAUUACCAAUUGCUUAAUGGUGCAAUGUAAUCAUCUGACCCAUAGGUGGCAGCCAUCUCAAGCCAGAGGACGAGAGGACUCUAGCCGCCACGCAUAUAAAGGAUUUAUAGUGAAAAACUUUGUUUUUACGGGUUAUACUUGUUAAUUGCUGGAGUGGUUUCCCCCCCACCCCCCGACCUGAAAAUCCUGGCUCCGCCAUUUUUUCCGUUCAUUCCUCGGAGUAGCAAACGGCAGCGGAUUUUUUGUGCCGAGCCGUCGAACAAAGGACGGUGGUCACAUUUUUAAUUUAAAGCUUUCGCGACUGCAGGGAUUCAUCUUCUUGGUUCUUUCGGUAAAGUCACGUAGAAGGGAAAUAAUAAAAUAAUAAAAAU